AUGUUGUCCAAAAGAUCGUCCACGAUGACGGCUCCUAGUGCCAAAAGGAAGAAGGAGGAGCACGAUACACCACCCGCAGAGGGCGAUACACCACCCACUAUGGGCAGUACAGCUACACAACCCCCUGAUCUCAACCUGUUCUCUAUACCAAAUGUUCUUUGGGGGCUCAUUAUCAGCUUUGUAGCGAGGCCAACGAAUCGAGCCCCCGAACUUGGUCGCAGCAUUGCUCUCCUGAGCAAGGACGGCCGGGAUGUGUUCAAAGACCAGAUACUAGUAGAUGACCUGUUACAAAACUACAACCCGCAGCCACCAGUGGCGCGAUCCUCUGACCUUUCAAGACAUGCUGCCCCACCAGCAGUGCAGCGAUCAUCCCCACGUUUGAAUCAGCGUGUGAAGGGGCAAAGUUCUUUGGAGAGGCUCAAGGAAUGUCAUCUUCAGUUUUGCAGAAAGACAACCUUCACUCAGGAUCAAAUAGUCGAAAUGAUAGUGACGAAGAAGCUAUCCAAGAAACCACUACUUUCGCUUCUGGACAACUUUGGCCAAGAUGGCAAACUCAAGGCCAGCCACAUCAAUCGGCGGAUGCAGCCGGGAAGCACUAUACUUGUGGAGGUACUCAGCGCACCUGGCGUCGGACAGGCAACAAUUCUAGCCUGCACCAAACUUUUGGUUGAACUUGGUGCGGACGUCAACUUGAGUGCCGUUGAGGGAGACUUCAGCAGCAUGACCCCACUCUUUGUGGCGGUGAGUCGAGGAAUGCACAGAGUCGUCAAGUUCUUGCUGGAGAAAAAGGCCUCCACGACAACAACAAAUUGGGGAACAAUUUUUGUGCACAGAGGCAAUUUCACACGAUACACAGACAUCACUGUUCUGCAGCUUGCUCAAGCUAUGCACGAGGCGGGAAGCAGCAGUUGGGAAGCUACAGACUUGGCCAACUUGAACAAGUGCAUAGGUCUGUUGCAGAAUGCUGCAAAGGAAGAAACCCAGCCAGAGGUUGUUGGCACCCUUGGUGAUGGUGAUGAUGAUGAGGAUGACUAUUUCCAUCCCAAGAAGCUUGGGAUUGGGAACUGCUAUAAGCUGGCAUACGGGCGUGUCAAGGAUGGAUGGGUCCCCGAUCAUGGCGAAGGAGCAGGUGGAUGGCAAAGUCAGCAGAUAGAGGAAGCUUUUGAUCGUUUUGAAAACGACCCUACAUCGCCAGGAGGUGUUUAUUGCAAGCUGGUACAGGUUUGCUUUCGGGAGAGGGUUGGCGGAACCGUCAAGCACUUUAGCAUCCACUGGGUGAGCAUGGUGGAGGAUGGGAGAUUGGAUCUUCUCCGUGCUAUAGUGGAGGAUGAAAGAAUGAAAGGCCGGUGUGAUGUGCAACGCACGGCUUUGAAGACCCUAAAGGCACUUGUGCAGGGACGCGAGGACGAAGAUGUGGAGCGGGAAGCUGCGCAUGUUCGCGCCAUCAUUGAUUUGCACAAUCUCGAAUGA